ACGUGACCACUGGCUCUGGUGGGCUGGAGAAUUCUGGAUAAGUGAUGGUUGACCUUCCGCCACCACCCGCUGGCCCUCAUCCCAACAUGCCACAGCGCGAACGCCCAAAAAGCUGGCAAAGAUUUUUGGAGCAUUUCGGUGUGGGUGAGGAUGAGGCAAGCGACAGGUUGGAGUUCUCACCGCUUUUGGGGAGCGAGCAGCCAAGAAGACCUCCCCGUCGAGCCCCACAACGAAUAAUCACCGGUGAUGGUGCCGCGACUGUCAUAUAUCCAAACACUCCUGCCACAUUGACCACGCCGCCAACAUUCUCGUUUGACCUACCGUCUGCUCUUGAAGAUACCCUUCCUUCCCCUCUCUACCGCUCCCAUGUUGCCGCUCUAAAUGCUCUCCUUCGAUCAGCGCAUGAUCGUCGACGUAGUAAAUACGUCGGAUUUUGUCUUUUGUUGGCGACGUUCGGUGCCAUUGUAUGCGCGCUGAGCUUGUGGUUAGCAAUCAAAGAAAAUGCGUAUUGGGCGGGUGGGAUUUGUGUAGCGCUGACGGUGGCUCUAUGGGCACUGCAACCUAUACUUGCGCGAGCAUGGUUUGCUGAUCUUUUGGAUACUGUUGAGUCGGAGGUCAAUCGGAUACUGGUUGAAUGGAAUGCCAGGGCUCCCAAGAAUGUUCGCUUCCAAAUCCUGGGAGCGGGAAAUGUUGCGGUACACCCUCGUUACGGUCUUGGCGAAUCAGCGCCUUCCGAACCGGAACUACAUGUCAUCCUUUUGGAUUCACCCGCUAGCAGACGGCAUUCCUACUAUGAAACAGGGCCAUCAGACGUCCUGAUAUCUCCUGAUGGAGACGGGCUGAUGUUAUCCGUCAAAGUCGUACCCCGACAAGAGGGGUAGGACAUCAUGUUCACUUUCACGUUAUUUCAGUAAUUCCUGUAUUAUACUUUAGUUUAAUGCCUUUAGUGCUCUUCGAGUACUUUGAUUUCCUUAUCAAUAAUCAUACGAAUCUGUACCUUGCAAUAAACUCAUUUCGGUCGCCUGGAUGAGAAGUGAGCAACUCGAGUAGAGAUCUUGUUACGAUGUACUCCAGCCAACCCACACUCCACGACAUCUUUUCUCAAUGGCUGGACUUCCUUCCCGACCUUGAGCAUAUUGGUCAAACCUCGGUAUAUCUUGUCCGCUCAAAUUGCUUCUAGGAUAUAUAUUAUACAGUUUACGUUACUAAGCCUGAGCCUUCCCAGCCUGCCCUUGUUCCUUCUGUAGCAAAGCUACCCUCAAAUUGAUCAAAUCUGUCAAAUCUGCAAAGGAAACAAUUGCGUGAGAAGGCACAUCCAGACGCCUCAACUCUAGUUGACGAUCGAAACGGUUCGAAAAC